AUGGUGCGUCACAAGAAAGAUUUCAAACCAAAUAACAAAUACUCGAGUCGGGGAGGCAGAGGCAGAGGAGGGAGGGCCGUAGGCGCCGGACCACCACGCCCCCGCCGUAACUCCGAGUCUGGAAGCGAAAGCGACCCCGAGAACGAACGCCCAAGGAAGCCAGAAUUCAAGGCAGCAUGUUGGGAUCUGGGGCAUUGCGACGCGAAACGAUGCUCCGGCAAAAGGCUCAUGCGCUUGGGCAUGAUGAGGGAGUUGCAUGUGGGCCAAAAGUUUGCCGGCGUAGUCAUCAGUCCCAAGGGCAAGAGAAUAGUGUCGCGGGAAGAUAAGGAGCUGCUAGACCAAUAUGGGGCUGCAGUUGUGGAGGCAAGCUGGAACAGGAUUGACGAGGUGCCAUUUGGCAGAAUUGGUGGCAAAUGCGAGCGGCUAUUGCCCUAUCUAGUCGCGGCAAACCCCACAAACUACGGGAAGCCCUGGAGGCUGAACUGCGUCGAGGCGCUUGCGGCGUGUUUCUACAUCUGCGGUCAUCCAGAAUGGGCCGAAGACAUUCUCUCGACAUUCUCGUAUGGUCGAGCAUUCUUGGACAUCAACGCCGCGCUGCUCAAACGCUACGAGGCAUGCGAGAAUGAGGAGGAGAUCAAAAAGGCCGAAGAGGUCUGGCUUGCAAAGAUCGAGCAGGAAUACGAGCAGAGCCGAGCUGAUAAGGAGGAUGGCGCCGAAGACGACGUCUGGGCUGGAGGAAACCAAAACAGGAGGGUCAUUGACGAUUCAGACGACGACGACGACGACGAGGAAGAUGCCGUCGACCCGCAGAAUCCUUACGACCUCCCUGAGUCUGAUGACGAAGAGGAGAUGGCAGAGCUGCGCCGUCGCGUCUUAGCAUCAAAGCCUUUCGCCAACCCCACUCCGAAGAUUGACGAUGAUUCUGAUUCUGAUGCCAAGAAAGCCCCCGAGCACAUACCUCGCGCUAAGCCGGCACCCAAAACUGAUGACGAGGCUGAGGGCGAUGCAUCGAGCGACGGCGCAGAUGACGACGAGUUUGACGCUUUCAUGAAGGCGCAACCCACCACAGAUAGAACAGGGAUCACAGGGAAACAAAGGCAGAAGGCACUGGACAAGCAGACAGCCACGUUCUCCAGUGGCAAAGUAAACGCACCCAGUCGGCAGGGUUACUAA